AUCUUGUCUCUCCCCUCUAUAAAACGACCAGUGGUUACUGCUUUUCAAGACAUCCCUUAUCUUCUACUUUUCUCUCUCUAGAUUUCUCUGUCUCUCUCUCUACCAGACAGCCAUGGCUCCCAAGGUUCACGGAAGCGUAUUCUCAACAGCAACAAUGCGAGCCUUCGCUACCCUCCACGAGAAAGGUAUCGAAUUCGAAGUCGUCCCUAUUAACAUGGGAGCCGGAGAACACAAGAAGGAACCAUUCAUCUGCUUCAACCCAUUCGGUCAAGUCCCUGCCUAUGAAGACGGAGAUCUGAAACUUUUCGAGUCGAGAGCGAUUACGCAGUACAUAGCACAUGAACACCAUGGGAAGGGAACAGAGCUGGUCUACAAAGACGCGAAGAAGAUGGCGAUUGUGUCGGUGUGGAUGGAAGUUGAAGCUCACCAUUUCGAUCCAGUUACUUCAAAGUUGGUUUUUGAACAAGUUGUGAAGCCUAUGAUGAUGAAUAUGGAAACUGAUUCAGCGGUUGUGGAAGAGAACCAGAAGAAGUUAGGUCAAGUUCUUGAUGUGUAUGAGGUGAGGUUAUCGAAAUCGAAGUAUUUGGGUGGAGAUGGGUUUACUUUGGCUGAUCUUCAUCACUUGCCUACUAUGAAUUACUUGAUGGGAACGUCGACGAAGGAGGUGUUUGAAGCUCGCCCACAUGUGUGUGCUUGGGCUAAGGAUAUCCUGGCUCGGCCUGCUUGGAUCAAGACUGUUGCGAUGCAGAAGCAAGCUUGAUUAGGGUUUCUAUAUAGAUAUAUAGAAUGAAGAAGAGCCGACUAGCUGAGUGUGAGGCUUUUCUUUCUUGCAAUAAAAUGAUAAAAAAAAAAAAAAAAGGGUUUUAUUUUGGGUUAAUGUUGUUUGUUGUGACUCACUGAGUUGCUGAGUUGUGAUGAGUUGAGCCUUUCCAGUGUUGCUACUAAUAAAAAAAAAAAAAAAAAAGUCUAGAGUGUCUUUUUCAUUGAUCUUGGAUCACUAUUUUGAUUUAUUAUUUUGAAAUUGUUACGAUUCAACCAACAUGAUAUGAUCUUAUCGCGUCAAAAUCGUGUGCAAUGAGGUGGCAAAGAAUAGUGAACAUUUAAUGACGUAUGAUCAGAUCUUUUUCCAACCA